AUGAUGAGUUUACCUACAGACUACUCUGUCAGGUUCGGAUCGGGCGCAACCGAAACUCGCAAAGAUAUCCGAUCCGAGGUUCGGGGCCGCCGGUGGAGAGAACGGAGUUGGGCCCGGACUCAAGCCGGGGACUUGUUUGGGGUGACAGUUGACCCGAUGCUUGACAAUGAGGUUAUCGUGAGAAUCACGCCCUCUACAGCUAUCAUUUCAUUGUCUGUUUCUUUUGUCAAAGACAUGCUGUGCAGACCCGUAAUUGCUUGCUAA